AUGACAGCUUCUAAUGUCAAAAGGACCACAGAAAUUGAUUUACAGUGUGCGAAGGAUUUACUGAGUCAAGCAACUAAAGAAAGACAAACAUUAAUGGAAGAACUUGAAGACCUGAAGGCACAGUUAGAAGAAAAAGAAGAUUCUUUGAAAAAGAAUGCUUUGGAGAUGCAAAGAAAAUCUGCAGAUCUUGAAGAUAUGAUCAAAAUAAAAGAUAACAUGAACGAAGAACUUGAAGCUGUAAAAUCUGAGUUGGAUUUUUCACAAAAAUCUAAAACUAAUUUGGAGCUGCAAGUCACUGAAGAAAAAUCAACAAAUCAAGUUUUGUUAAAGCAGUUACAAGAUACGGCCAACAACCAGGAAAAGCUGCAGAAAGCAAUCAGUGAUCUAAGAACCCAAGUAAAUAUUUCAUCUGAGGAUGGGAAAAGUUAUAUAAAGAAGAUAGCAGAACUGGAAGCUGAAAUACAGCAGAAAGAUUUAAAACACCAGGAUCUACUGAAUGAUUACGAGGAACUUUUAAGAAAAAACAUGGAAAUGAAUAAAAAAUUGGAGAUCACGGCUAAAGAGAUGACAAACAUCCAAAAUGAACUUGAGGAAAUAAAGAAAAAAGAAGAGAGUGCAAAAAAUGAAAUUGAAAAUAUAAAAGCAAGAAAUUACCAGGCAAGGAAGGAAACUGAAUCUCUUCAGAAACAAAUUACACUUAAGAAUGAAGAGGUUAAAAACCAGUUCAGCGAGUGUGAAGGAAAGACACGAAGCAUCCAAUGGGAAAUCUCCAAAAAGGAUAAACAACUUAAAACAUUAGAAAAUAAGCUGAGCACUAUGAAGAAACAGGUGGAAAAUAAAAACAAAUCAAUUGAAGAAUUACAUCAGGAAAAUAAGUCUCUGAAAAAGAAAAUUACAGGACAAAGCAAGCAGUGCAAUAUUCUUGAAGCAGAGGUGAAAGAAUUGAAGGAACAACUUGAAAAUACUGGAAUGCAAUAUGAAACAACUAUUAGCAACAAGCAAAGACUGAUUGAUGAUUUAAAAUCAAGGGAACAGCAUCUUUCUGAAGAGGUUGACAGAUUAAAGUUAGAAGCGGAAGAAGCAAGAAAAUUACAAAAAGAGAGUGAUGUUCGAUGUCAGCACAAGAUUGCUGAAAUGGUAGCACUGAUGGAAAAACAUAAAAACCAAUAUGAUAAACUAGUUGAAGAAAAGGAUGCAGAGCUGGAUCGGUACCAUGCCAUGGAGAAUGAAAUAACAUCCAAAAAAGCUCUUUUGGAAACAAAUUUAUCUAACACAAAGCAGGAAGUAAUGUCCCUUAAGGAAGAACUAAAGCACAUAACAGAAGAAAAGGAAAAAUUUGCAAAGGAAGCAGAAGAAAACAAGGUCUAUCGCAGAAAAGGAUCUAAGGGCAAGGUAAACUGUAAUUCUGAAACAGAAAAGUUGGUUGUGCUUGCAAGGCUUUUGAUAUCAGGUAAAUAUCCUUCUUUGGGAGCUUCUUAUAGGUUCAAACUCCAGGUCCUAGCAGCUCUCCAGCUGUUAGAUAACAUCGCUAGAAGGGUAAAGAAGAUUAGAGACGUAGGAUUGCAUUUGGAGCUUAACGGGCAAGCUUAG